AUGCCAGGAAUCGGGGGAAUAGAAGGGAUCCUGGGAAUAGGUGGGAUAGAAGGGAUCUUGGGGAUUGGUGGAAUGGAAGGAAUGGUGGGAAUUGAAGGCAUUGGAGGAAUGGAGGGUAGGGAUGAUGGCAGUGUGGGGAUGGUGGGGAAGGGGAAGCGGAAGAAAGGGAGGCGAGGGAUGGCGGAGCCGCCUCCUGUUGUAGGAGUACCACUCUGCAGCAAGUGGCGAGCUGCAAGUGCCACUUCAGUAUUGAAAAGGCACAAGGAAGCGAACAUGGCGAAGGAGAGGAAAACUGUGUUGGCCAUGGCUGUACUGCGAUAG